AACUACUAUUGUAUCAUACUACUCACUCCACUACUAUCACAAAUCAUUUGCCUUUAUCCUCUCAUUUUCUAGUGAAAGAGACAACCAGCUAGACAGAUCGAGAAGGUGCCAUGGGAGUAGCUCAAGUUAACCAAAUCUGGUUCCAUCUUACGAUCAUCCUCUUCUCCAUCUCCAUUUCUUCUAUUGCUGCUUCUGAAGAUGAUUGUGUGUACACAGCUUACAUUCGUACUGGCUCAAUCAUAAAAGCUGGAACCGACUCAAACAUUAGUUUAACUCUCUAUGAUGCUGAUGGUUAUGGACUUAGAAUCAAGAACUUAGAGGCUUGGGGUGGUCUUAUGGGCCAAGGUUACGACUACUUUGAAAGAGGAAACACAGAUAUCUUUAGUGGUCGUGGUCCAUGUUUGAAUGGUCCGAUAUGCAAAAUGAACUUGACUUCUAAUGGGUCAGGCCCACAUCACGGAUGGUACUGUAACUACGUUGAAGUUACAGUUACUGGUGCACACAAACAAUGUAACCAACAGUUGUUUGCUGUGGACCAGUGGCUUGGUACCGAUGUUUCACCGUAUCAGUUAACGGCCGUUAGGAACAACUGUAAGAAGAAGGCUGAGUCUGGUGUGCAACAGCCUGUUUAUGAUUCUGAAUCUUAUUCUGUUGUUGAUGUAAUUUAAUUCGAGUUUGUUGGGCUUUAAUGAGCCAAGGCCCAGUGUUUUCCUUUUGUUAUUUUCUGAGUGGGAUCUGGUAUGAUUUGUGAAGGCUAAGGCCUGUUAUGUACUGUCGGGGCCUAAUGGACAGUUUGGAAAAUAAAGAACUUUUCCUCUCA